AUGGCUGCCCGUGCCUGUGCUGCCUGUUGCUGUCUGUGCCUGUGCUGCCUGUUGCUGCCUGUGCUUGUGCUGACUGUUGCUGCCCGUUGCUGCCCGUUGCUGCCCGUGCCUGUACUGCCUGUUGCUGCCUGUGCUUGUGCUGCCUGUUGCUGCCUGUUGCUGCCCGUGCCUAUGCUGCCUGUUGCCGCCCGUUGCUGCCUGUGCCUGUGCUGCCCUUUGCUGCCCGUGCCUGUGCUGCCUGUUGCCGCCCGUUGCUGCCCGUGCCUGUGCCGCUCGCUGCUGCCCGUGCCUGUGCUGCCCGAUGCCGCCCGUUGCUGCCUGUGCCUGUGCUGCCCGUUGCUGCCUGUUGUUGCCCGUGCCUGUGCUGCCUGUUGCCGCUCGUUGAUGCCCGAGCCUGAGCUGCCUGUUGCUGCCCGUGCCUGUGCUGCGUGUUGCCGCCCGUUGCUGCCCGUGCCUGUGCUGCCUGUUGCUGCCCGUGCCUUUGCUGCCCGUUGCCGCCCGUUGCUGCCCGUGCCUGUUGCUGCCCGUUGCUGCCCGUGCCUGUGCUGCCUGUUGCCGCCCGCUGCUGCCCGUGCCUGUGCUGCUUGUUGCCGCCCGUUGCUGCCCGUGCCUGUGCUGCCCGUUGCUGCCCGUGCCUGUGCUGCCUGUUGCCGCCCGUUGCUGCCCGUGCCUGUGCUGCUUGUUGCCGCCCGUUGCUUCCCGUGCCUGUGCUGCCCGUUGCCACCCGUUGCUGCUCGUGCCUUUGCUGCCUGUUGCCGCCCUGCUUCUGCCUGCGCCUUCGUGCGCUCUGCUGCUGCUCGCGCCCUCGUGCGCCCUGCUACUGCCUGUUGCUGCCUGUUGCUGCCCGUGCCUGUGCUGCCUGCUGCCGCCCGUUGCUGCCUGUGCCUGUGCUGCCCUUUGCUGCCCGUGCCUGUGCUGCCUGUUGCCGCCCGUUGCUGCCCGUGCCUGUGCCGCCCGCUGCUGCCCGUGCCUGUGCUGCCCUUGCUGCCUGUUGUUGCCCGUGCCUGUGCUGCCUGUUGCCGCUCGUUGAUGCCCGAGCCUGUGCUGCCUUUUGCUGCCCGUGCCUGUGCUGCCUGUUGCCGCCCGUUGCUGCCCGUGCCUGUGCUGCCUGUUGCUGCCUGUGCCUGUGCUGCCCGUUGCCGCCCGUUGCUGCCCGUGCCUGUGCUGCCCGUUGCUGCCCGUGCCUGUGCUGCCUGUUGCCGCCCGUUGCUGCCCGUGCCUGUGCUGCCUAUUGCCGCCCGUUGCUGCCCGUGCCUGUGCUGCCCGUUGCCGCCCGUUGCUGCUCGUGCCUUUGCUGCCUGUUGCCGCCCUGCUUCUGCCUGCGCCUUCGUGCGCUCUGCUGCUGCUCGCGCCCUCGUACGCCCUGCUACUGCCCGCGCCCUUGUGCGCUCUGCUCUGCCUGCGCCCUCGUGCGCUCUGCUGCUGCGCGCACCCUCGUGCGCCCUGCUACUGCCCGCGCCCUUGUGCGCUCUGCUCUGCCUGCGCCCUCGUGCGCUCUGCUACUGCCCGCGCCCUUGUGCACCCUACUGCUGCCCGCGCCCUCGUGCGCCCUGCUGCUGCCCGCACCCUUGUGCGCUCUGCUCUUCCUGCGCCCUCGUGCGCUCUGCUGCUGCCCGCACCCUCGUGCGCCCUGCUGCUGCCCGCGUCCUUGUGCCCUCUGCUCUGCCUGCGCCCUCGUGCGCUCUGCUGCUGCCCGCGCCCUCGUGCGCCCUGCUGCUGCCCGCGCCCUUGUGCGCUCUACUCUGCCUGAGCCCUCCCGUGGAAGGGAGGCUAUGGGGUGGCGGGUAUGGGGGUGAUGGGUGUGUGUGA